GGUAUAUGAAAAUAAGAAUAUUUAUGUUUAUUUGAUAAUUACGGGUGAGAUGUUACGUUGCGCAUCUCGAGUGUUUUUUGUUUACCCAUGAGCCCACUUAUGACGUUGCUGUGCGGUUGAGGCCUCGUGUGUGAAUCCACUUCGCAGGGAAUAUUUGUGUUGUCGACCUUUCACAGAAGUGGCAGUUAUUGGGCACAAGUCUUUACACUCAUGAAGCCAGUGUUAUGUCCAAUGGGCUGUGGAUUGGAUUUGUGCCGUAACUGAGAUUAUACGUGACGGUAACUACUGGGAAUCAUGGAUUGUGAUAGUGUGGCCAUUGAAGUUGAAACUUUGCUCCAAUAAAAGACUGUUGCAGCUGAUGGCUUUUCCUUGAUCUCCCAGUACAUUUCAACUUCAUCGCCAUGGGUGUGCAAGGGGACCUCAACGCCCUCAAGAAACAGAGGGGAACUGCUAAAGGAAAGUUCACCAGGAAGGUAACUUUAUGUAAAGAAGGAAUAGACAGAGGUGAUGAUGUAUUAGUGUUGAAGACUAAUUAUGAGGAAGUAAUAGAGGCAUUUAAGUGUUUAGAGUGUAAGAAUGAUGAACUGAUACAAUUUAUAUCUGAUAAUGAGGAUAAAUUAGAAGAUAAAAACCUGGGAAAAGAGGCUGAACAAUAUAUUUUAGAUAGUGAAAGAUUAAAGAAUGAAUUGUGUGCUAAGAUAUUCAUGACAAAUAAUGAGAAGAAAGCAACAGACAAACCAAAGGUUAAGGUAAAGAGAUUUGAACCUCCCAAGUUUGAAGGUAAUUUAAGAGAGUAUCCUACAUUUAAAGAGGAUUAUAAGAACUUGGUUCAAAGUGAAUAUGGUGCUGAUCCAUACGCACUCAAAAUGUGUUUAGGUGGGGAGGCACUCCAGACAAUAAAGGGCUCGGAGGGUAAUUAUGAUGAAAUGUUUAAGCGGUUGGAUGACAAAUUUGGUAACCCAAGAAAAAUUGUAGACUGGUGAUAAGUGAUCUCAAAUCUCUGAGGAAGAUAUCAGAUGGUGAUACUAAAGGGUUUGUUAAAAUGGUUGAUCAGGUUGAACAAUGUUGGUUAGAUUUAAAAAGGGUAAAUCUAUCUGAUGAACUAAAUACAGCUAAUGUUGUUAGCCAUAUUGAGAAAAUUCUGCCUUCACUCCAAAAAAGAGAAUGGGUAAUUAAAGCAAGUGAUAUCUCGGUCACUGGGGAAUUGUUUUCUGAGCUAUUAGGUUUCUUGCAGAAAGAAAGGAAGGUUUUGGAAUACAUGAAUUCAAAUGUAAGAACUAGUACUAGUGAUAGUAGAGCAACAGUACAUCAUGUUGAAAAUGUGGUCGAAAACAAUUCGGAGUCAGAGUUGGUUAAGCUGAUAAGAAAAUUGAAUGAAGAACAACAGAGCAAGAAUAGAGAAUUUGAGUCAUGCAUUGUAAAUUUGAAUGAAGUGAUAAAGGGUAUUAAAUGCAAGGAGAACAAUAUAAGUAUACGUUGUUUAUUACACAAUUCAGAGAGUCAUGAGAUAACAAAUUGUUUCAAGUUCAAGGGCUGUAAUAGCAAAGAAAGAUUUGAUAUGAUUAAAAGGAACGGUAUAUGUUUUAGGUGUUUAAAUGGAUAUCAUUCAGCACGUGGGUGUAAAGUAGGCAAAUUGUGUGAUGUAGUCAUUGAAGGCCAAGGACCAUGUAAUCGGAAUCAUCAUCCACUUUUGCAUCAAGACAGAAUAGAAAGCAGUUCUCACAAUGCAGUAAUGGAGAAGAGAGGCAAAGCUUUGUUGAAUAUUAGUACGGUGCAUAGUAAAAAUCUGACCGUCACUGUAUUGUGGGAUCCAGGUUCAGAUACUUCUUUAAUUACUCAUAGGAUGGCCAAGAAGUUAGGUUUGAGUGGGAAGGAUGUUAAUUUAUCUCUGGUCAAGGUAGGUAACACAAUUGAAUAUCAAUCAAGUAAAACAUACUGUGUACCAUUAACUGAUAAGAAUGGUAAAAUUUGGAAUGUGGAUGCUGUUGGGAUGAAUGAAAUAUCUUCCAAAGUUAAAAGGAUUGAUUUGUCCAGAUUACCUGAACUUUUUAUAAGAAUCUCGAACUUAGAAGUGGAUCUCCCAUAUGGGGAAAUUGAUAUGCUCAUCGGCACAGAUUGUUGUGAAAUAUUGCCAAGGGUUGUUGAACACAAUGAGGGUAUUCAGUUACUGGAAAAUCAAUUCGGGUUCAGCAUUCGAGGUAGACAUGACAAGAUUACCAAUGGAUCCAACAGCAGCAAUCACAUACUUGUAAGAACUCAUAAACUGUCUAGACUCGUAGAUUUGAAGCAGAUUAACAUAGAGUCAACAGAUAGCUUAAAGACUAAAUUGGACAAAUUCUUUGCCAUGGAGGAAAUGGGAACAAAAUGUAAGCCACAGUGUAUAAAGUGUAUGUGUCGAGGAUGUCCUGAACCUAAUUGCAUAAGUUUAAAGGAAGAAAGAGAACUAGCAUUGAUUGAGGAAGGAUUGUUAUAUAAUGAGGAACAAAAAUGCUGGCUAGUAAAGUAUCCAUGGCUAAGGGAUCCAAUGCAUUUGAAAGAUAAUAUUAAAGUAGCUAAUGCUAGAUUAAAAACAACAGAGAAUAGAUUGAAGAAACUUGGCAAUGAAUAUGCCAUGAAGUAUCAGAGAGAGAUAGAAGAUAUGAUUGAUAGAGGAGUGGCGAGGAAAUUAAAUAAGGAAGAGAUACAAGAAUACAAGGGUCCAGUUCAUUAUAUUCAUCAUCAUGAAGUAUUGAAACCAGAAUCCAACUCAACUCCAAUACGCAUUGUCUUCAACUCUUCUGCGUCAUACAUGGGGCAGAAGUUAAAUGAUUUCUGGGCAAAGGGGCCAGAUAUCCUGAACAGCUUACUGGGAGUUUUGUUUAGGUUUAGACAGAAUAAUAUAGCUAUAGCAGGCGACAUAGCUAAGAUGUAUCAUACUGUCAAGCUCAGCACAAUGGAUGAACAUACACACAGAUUUUUAUGGAGGGAUUUGGAUGACAAUAGACCACCUGAUCAGUAUGCUCUUACCACAGUAACGUUUGGAGAUAAACCUAGUGGUACCAUAGCUACGCUAGCAUUGAGACGCACUGUAGAGAAAUUUGGCAAAGAAUAUCCGGAUGUGCAAGAUAUGAUUAUUAACAAUACUUAUGUUGAUGACAUACUGUAUUCUACUGAUACUGUUGAGAAUGCAUUCAAGUUAAUACAGGAUGCGGAGAAGAUAUUGUGUCAGGGAAGUUUCAGAGUUAAACAUUGGAUUGUCAGUGGGCAUUAUGAAAGCAGCAAGGUCAAUGUGAUAAAAUCUGACCAUGAGAAGAUUUUAGGAUUGAAAUGGAACCCGUUGGAUGAUCAUUUUUUCUUCACAGUAAAACUUAAUUUUUCUUCAAGAAUAAGAAAGGUCAGAAGUGGUCCGAAUUUAAAUUCAGAUGAAAUUGAUGAUAAAUUUCCAGAACAUUUGACACGCAGAAUGAUAUUGAGUCAAAUUGCUUCCAUAUAUGAUCCAUUAGGGUUUGCUGUACCAGUAUUGCUCAAAGCGAAAAUUUUGAUGAGGCUCAUGAUUUCCAGAAGUGAAUCGAAAGAUGGCGGAAUCAAGUGGGAUGAUCCACUUGAUAUUUCCAUGGUUAAGGAAUGGAAGAUGUUUUUCAAGGAAUUGUAUGAGUUAGAGAGAUUGACUUUUAGAAGAUCCUUGAUACCAUCUAAUGUAGUUGGUAAACCAAGCCUAAUAAUAUUUUCGGAUGGUAGCAUGCAAGCAUACGGAGCUUGUGCAUAUGUGAGGUGGCAAACUGGUGAACAUGAAUUUGAGUCACAUCUGAUAGCAGCUAGAAAUAAGAUUGCACCAAUGAAGCAAAUGUCCAUUCCUAGGUUAGAACUAUGUGCAGCUCUUAUGGCUGCUAGACUAAGAGAAUCUAUAUUAAAGGAGUUUACAUGGAAGUUUGAGGCAAUUUACCACAUAGUUGACUCAUCAAUUGUAAGAUCACAAAUCCAAAAGGAGAGUCACGGAUUCAAUACCUUUGUUGCAGUACGCAUAGCAGAGAUACAAAUCAAGACCGACCCAAAGGAAUGGUGGUGGGUCGAUUCAACACAGAAUAUCGCAGACAUGACCUCUAGACCAUGCAAACCAGAGAAAAUUGGAAGAGAAUCUGACUGGCAAAAUGGACCCAAGUUUUUAACUUUACCAACUAAUAGAUGGCCCAUCAAGCAAACUUGUGAGGAUGAGUUAACUGACAGAAUUGGUAUUACCAUGACGGUUAAUAAUGCAAGUCAUGAGAAUUGUGGUAUACAAUUAAUUGAUGUUAAUAGGUAUAGUGACUACUACAAAUUGCUGAGAGUUACAUGUAGGGUAAUGAAUGUAUUCAAAUACAAGUCUUUCAAAGGUAUUCUAAGAACCCCCACAGUUCAAGGGAUUACAGAUGCAGAAAUAUUAUGGGUCAAGGAAAUGCAAAAGAGCAUGACUGAUUGGGAAACAAGGUUCAAAAGAUUGGGACCAUCAGUUGAAAGGGGAAUUAUAGUAGUAGGACAACGAAUUUCUAAGUGGUUGAAAGACAAUUGGAAUCAAGAAAAUUUCAUGUUAAUACCGAAUAAACAUCCUGUUACUAGAUUGUACAUAUCCUGUCUACAUAAAGUAGAUCAUGCAGGUAUAGAGACUACUUUGUGUAAAAUACAGAGGAAGUUCUGGGUUCCGGGAGCUAGAAAAUUAGUAAGAACCAUUAAAAAUAAAUGUGUAACAUGCAGAAAAUUAAAUAAGAAAGUGGAAGAUCAAUGCAUGGGUCAAGUGAGGGCAGAAAGGAUGAAACCUGCUCCACCAUUCUAUCAUACAGCAGUAGAUUUGUUUGGGCCCUUGACAAUAAGAGAUUCAGUUAAGAAGAGAACUUAUGGAAAAGCAUUUGGAAUUAUUUUUAAUUGCUUAGUGACAAGAGCAGUUUAUUUGGAUUUAGCUAUGGGAUAUAGUACUGAUGAUUUCUUAACCACUUUUCAAAGAUUCAUUGCUAUUAGGGGGGCCCCUAAAUUUAUGUAUUCUGAUAGGGGAACUCAGCUAAUAUCAGCUAGUAAGAAAGUAGAGACCCUUGGGGAGAAAGAGGGUGUGACCUGGAUUUUCAAUAUGCCAAGUGAUGCACCAUGGUACAAUGGCGUAAGUGAAGCACUGAUCAAAUCAGUCAAAAGGGAGCAUUUGUGUUAGUAUUGGAGAUUCUGUACUAAAUUUUGGAGAAUUACAGACUGCUUUAUUUUGUAUUGCCAAUUUAAUGAAUGAAAGACCAAUAGGCUUAAAACCUGGAUUUAGUUUGGAAUUAGGUAGCUAUCUCUGCCCAAAUGAUCUGUUACUUGGUCGAUCUAGCUGUCAUUGUCCAAUUGGCUUGUAUGAAAUUGAUGGAGAUCAUAAAAAGAGAUUGAGGUUUAUCCAAAAUAUUAUAAAUUCUUUUUGGAAGAAGUGGCAAAGGGACUAUUUCCCGUCAAUGUUGAUUAGACAGAAAUGGCAUACAGCCAAAAGGAAUGUGAAAGUAGGAGAUGUUGUUCUAGUGCAAGAUAGCAAUAUUAUAAGGGGAACAUGGAAGCUGGCUCAAGUAAUUAGGGCUGACCCAGGACGAGAUGGAAUAGUUCGUGAAGUUGAUUUAAGAUAUAAAAUAAUAAAGGAUGGCAAAGGGUAUUAUGGUGUGGCGGAUAAGAUCAUGUGUAGAUCAGUACAUAGAUUAGUAAUGCUGUUGCCAAUAGAAGAACAAGUUUAAGCAUAUGUACCUUGUCCAAUAAUCUAGUCCAUGGUAGUCAAUGUGGAGGGGGGAGUGUAUCAUUAGUAUGAUAGGUAUAUGAAAAAUAAGAAUAUUUAUGUUUAUUUGAUAAUUACGGGUGAGAUGUUACGUUGCGCAUCUCGAGUGUUUUUUGUUUACCCAUGAGCCCACUUAUGACGUUGCUGUGCGGUUGAGGCCUCGUGUGUGAAUCCACUUCGCAGGGAAUAUUUGUGUUGUCGACCUUUCACAGAAGUGGCAGUUAUUGGGCACAAGUCUUUACACUCAUGAAGGUAUGUUUAAGGAUAUUGAGUGGUUUCAAAUUAAUAUCAGAAGAGGAUAAUCCUCAUUAAUAUUGAUAAAUACACGGAACAUGAGUUUGUUGUGUUGGCGUCGGCCAUAAUUUGGAGUGUUUACUUUUCAUAUGCGUUUCAGCCAGUGUUAUGUCCAAUGGGCUGUGGAUUGGAUUUGUGCCGUAACUGAGAUUAUACGUGACGGUAACUACUGGGAAUCAUGGAUUGUGAUAGUGUGGCCAUUGAAGUGAGUUCAAUGAAAAUGUACAAUGUAUGAUUUAUUUGUGAUAUUGUUAGGCAGAUUAUUUACUUACGUCGCACGAUAUGUGUAGUGCAUUCUUUACAUUAGUUUAGUAUUGUGAGAUAAUCAGUUCAUUGUAUACUUGGAUUUAUUUGUUGCAUUAAUAUUCAUUAAUGCAUGUAUAUUUCUUUUGACGCAAAAUAGGAGAUUUAUUUAGUUAUUCAGAACAUUUAUGUGUUAUUUUGUAUGAUUUAAAAUGCCAAUUGUAUUACCUGAAUAUCAUAUUUCAGGUUGAAACUUUGCUCCAAUAAAAGACUGUUGCAGCU